CUGUAAAAGGCGCGAGGAGCGGCGGGCCCAGCGUCCUCAUUGGGGCGUCGAGGAGCUACCAGCGACCUUAUUGAGAAGGGCUGCCCAACAGUAGUGGCUGCCACGCAAAGGGCUGCCCUCGACACCAAUGGGCCGGCCCAGGGAGCACCAGGCGCGGUCGCGGCCGCAGCAGACGAAUCUGUACGACGCGCUGCACCGACGAGAAGCGAGGAGACGCCCGCCCCAGAACUUCGAGGAACGUAGGGUAGGUUCUCUGUCGGACGAGGUCCUCUGGCACGUCGACGACGCGUACCGCCAGAAGGACUCGAGGGUCAACGCCAUGCUCGUGGACCCGCGCUCACCUUUGAGACCGUUCAUGCCCACGCUGGAUCAGAGGAGGGGCUUUACUCCCGCGCGCAGUAGGAGGGGCCCGCGGCCGCGGACGUCUUCCGUAGCACAGAGGGGCGUCGGCCACGGCUACGAGACGUCCAUGAAUUUUAAAAGGAUCGCUCAUAAGUCCCAUCCGAGGUUGAGGACGUCGGAAGGUGUGCGCGUGGCCCAGGACGUUCCCACGAAAUCUUAUCUGCGAGGCUUGCACAAGGGUCCUGGCCAAUACCCAGUGGUCUCGCCGGUCAAGCAGGCUGACGACGCGACGGUCGCUUCAGCAACAUCAGCUCUGUCGCCCAUGACGACGGCCUCGCAGUUCCCCUCCGACCUAUUAUCUUUUACGUCCGAGAUCGGAGCAUCUCGAUCAUACAGGACUGGUCUGAGCGGUACGGGUUCGAGAUUUGCUGUGGACGACCAGUCGACGGUCUCGGCGUUCACCACCUUCCCCGAGGAUUCUAUUUACUUGAAUAAACCCCCCGCUCAGUUACCAGACGACGACAAGAGCGAAUACCAGUUAACGCACUGGCAGGUGCCCCAGCACGGCGACUACUCGCGACCGUAUUGUACGGCGUGCCAUUUCACGGACUGCGAACGUUGUACGUACUGCUUCUCCCACAAAUUGACACGAACGCCGAGGAUGCACAUGGAGCGCCUUGGGGAAGCUCUACUACAUAUGAACCCGGACAUGAUGGGCAAGGAGAUGCUCCACAUCUUGCAGAGGUAUGCGAGGGCGGACAAGUUCGCGCUCGACCUCAAUUGGAGGCUAGGCUGGGUGCCGCCCGAGGGCGCGUUUUGUAACGAACAUCAGAAGACCAUAGACCACCUAGAAGCUAUCGAGGCCGAGGCGUCGCUCAAGUACGAAUCUACGCUGAAAGAACUCCAGAAGGAAAGAAAAAUGCGGCAAAAGGCGGAGAAGGCCUGUGAGAAAGCGACGCAUGCCUUGGAACUGGAACACGUCGAUGAAGGUGACCUCAGACAUCUGUUAAAAAAGGUGACGAUGCAGUUCCACGACUUGGAGCAUCAACACCAAGAGGUCGUGGAAGACCUGAAGCACAUGAAGGUUAAUGUGGUGAAAUGCAUGAAGAAGGGCUCAGUGGAGGAGAUGCGGGGCGCGUUGCAUCGCUGCGUGCGGAAGCUGGAUUCGGGCCACACCGAGGUCCACGAGCAUGUGGAUUCUUCUUCCCAGAUAUCUGUCGAGGUACACCACGAAUCUUCGCAAUCUGUCAAUCCUGGUGAGUUGCGAGCGUUGUACGCGGCGCAAGGUGAUUCAUUCGGGGAUCGGGAGUGGAACGCCUUGUGGGGUGCUGACUUUGGGGACCAAGGGUUGGAUGAGCGAACUACAAUGGGAAGGCCUCAGACAGGUACCAGUGUUCAGAGGCAGGCCUCGCCCACGCCCAUGGUACAACAUUCGUUCGAUCUCAAGGAGGCGCAGGACGCCGCCGAAAUACUUAGACAAGAGCUGAGCAUCCCCGACGCGCCCUGGGAGACCAUUUCCGAGGUGGCUGGUGGGACGCAUGGCUAUCCCGAGAUGGCGGCCGAAGCAGCGGAAGAGGUGCGGCCCCAGUGCGGCGAGGUCCAUAGUUAUGACUGGGACGUGUUGCGAGGUUUUGGGGAAUCUCAAAGCGGCGGCGGCUGUCGCAUGACGAAUAGGGACGCGGCGUUACAAGAACGUAAAAGGUUAAAAGAGGCCGGCUUCGCUAUCAGUGAUGAGGACUUUGCUACACUAUGCCAAAGCGGUGAGGGAGACAAGAUCGAAGCGAAAAACGCCGAGGUCAUCCGGAAAGAAUUACAAGAUAAAGGGGCACCCGUAACGGCACAUACGUGGGACGUGCUGCGAGGUCUAAAACCGAUGAUCAUCCUCCACAAGUCGCCGGAGGCCGUCGCGGAGGACAUGCGCCACACGCUGGAACACAAGGGCGUGCGGUUCUCAGAAGGUGAUUGGAAUACGAUCCGGGGCGCGACGGGGUCCGGCGCGGACGGUGCGCGGGCCGCUGAAGAAUUGCGGAGAGACUACGCCGCGAAGGGGUUUUCAUUCAGCGCGGGCGACUGGGAUAAACUACGAGGCAUGGAGCCAUCUCAGGUCCCAGAUUCCAAGCGGGAGGAGAUGUCUCAGAAAGGUGUCACGUUCACGGACAAGGAGUGGAUCAUCCUCCAAAACGCCACGAAACAGCCAGAGCAGGCCGAGGAGCUGCGACGAGCCAAGGAAUGUGAAGGUGUCCACAUCGACGCGUGGGACUGGGACCAGCUGCGAGGUGUCAGGCACGCGGUCGUCGCCGACCCCAAGACUAUCCAGUUGGAGAAGCGGUGUAGUGCCUUGAAGUCCGAGAACGAUCGCAUACGAAGGGAACUCCAGAAGCUCCAGAAGAUGCGCAACGACGUGAGGCGGCGCGCGGCUUCUCUACCAAGACCGAUGGUCCUGCACGUCAAUCAACCGGAGAAGGUGAUCCACGAAACGGAAAUUAUAGAGAAGGACCACGUCGUCGUCGUGCCCAUGGCCUCAGGUGUGGAACACCACGAGCACCUCGAAGAGCACGCCCACCUCGACUUUGCGGACGAUAGUACGCAAACGGACGACGCCGCCUUCUCUAGUUCACCAGCGAAGCCCGACGCCCACGCGCAUCAUAGGGAAGAACACGUCCAGCAAAUUGUGAAGAGUUCCAAGGGCGGGCCCCUCGGCCACUUGAUGAAGAGGACGAAGUCCUUCUCGGGGAAGCUCGAGGCGGGCGCCGGGGAGGAGGAGCACAAAGACGACCACGACGACGAGCAUGAUCACGAGGAUGAUCACGAGGACGGCGAACACGAUGAGGAGGGCGACGACCACCACGGGAGCCGACCGCACUCUGAGGGCGGGAAACACGGGGGCCGCCCGGGUUCGUCGGAGCACGGGGCGCACUCCAAGGGCGGCGACCACGACGGUGACGACCACCACGGAGGAGGCCACAAGCACUCCAAAGACUCGAAACACGGCGGCCACGCAAAGAAGCGCGGCUCGCCCAAGAAGCACUCGAAGGGCAUGGGCGACAUGAAGCGCGUCGACCUGAAGCAUUUGAUUCCGAUGCUCGGCGACAUCUACGAGAAGAAGUUGGAAAAAGAUACGUCGGAAUUGUCGGGCAAGAAGUCCAGCAUCGAAGAACGCGAGACGAAGCCUUUGGCAUCAUUCUUAAUGACCUACAUGGUCGACCACUACGGGGUGAAGAACAUCGCCAAGGCGCGAUUGAGGCAGUUUAUUGGUUCUGUGAUGCACUGGGCCGAAUCGUCUCGUAGAGUGCGGAACUUUGCGAAAUUGUGCGGCGUGUGGCCCGGUCGAGAACACGACUAUGUGCGCGACCUAGGAGAUAUUUUUCUCCACUCGUUGUUGCACAUCAUUCCCAAGGGUGCGAUCAAGGGCGUCGGCGAAAUUUUGAAAUCGCAUCCCGACGGCGAACUGAAGUGUUCGUGUAGACAAGCAGUGCACGCUUUGGUGGGCAUGGCCAAGUCGUGCAACCUGAAACAACCUAGAACGUAUGACUGCCCUCUGCUGGCGUCGUGGUUGACACCUCAACAACUACUGGAGCUCGUAAACAACUUACUCGCAUUAACGGAGGACAAGGCCUGCGACUGCGGCGCGCACCUGGGUUUUGUUUCCGAUCCUGUUGACUUAGAUCUGUUCCACGAGGUCGUCAUCGAUACGCUGAUGGACGCCGUCAGCCAGCAGGAGACCAUGCUCGCCCGCACAUUUACCAAAUUUGAAGGUUUGGAUGACGACGAAGGCCUAGCGUUCGACGAGUACGAGGCUAUUCUCAAUUGGGCGGUCCCCGCAGCGUAUACGCUGGAAGAGCGCCAGAAGCAGUUCAAGGCUUUGUUGAGGAGCGCCGGCGACGAGGAUAAUGAUGGAGACAUCGACAACGCGGGCGACUUCGCGAUCGCCGUGAUGCGGACGACGAAGAAUCCAUUAGUCCAUCCGCGGACGACGCGGCGGUACUGGAUGCUGCCGUGGGAUUUGGAGGUGUAAAACACUAGUUCUUAU